AUGGGGCUACUCGAUGCAGAGCUUACUGUCGUACCUUCAGAGCCUCCAGUAACAGUUGAUCCGGCCGUGGAUGUGAUUGAGGGGGAGGUGGACGGGAUGGGGCUACUCGAUGCAGAGCUUACUGUCGUACCUUCAGAGCCUCUAGAAACCGUUGAUCCGAUCGUGGAAGUGAAUGAGGGGGAGGUGGACGGGAUGGGGCUACUCGAUGCAGAGCUGACUGUCGUUCCUUCAGAGCCUCCAGAAACAGUUGAUCCGGCCGUGGAUGUGAUUGAGGGGGAGGUGGACGGGAUGGGGCUACUCGAUGCAGAGCUUACUGUCGUUCCUUCAGAGCCUCCAGUAACAGUUGAUCCGGCCGUGGAUGUGAUUGAGGGGGAGGUGGACGGGAUGGGGCUACUCGAUGCAGAGCUUACUGUCGUUCCUUCAGAGCCUCCAGUAACAGUUGAUCCGGCCGUGGAUGUGAUUGAGGGGGAGGUGGACGGGAUGGGGCUACUCGAUGCAGAGCUGACUGUCGUUCCUUCAGAGCCUCCAGAAACAGUUGAUCCGGCCGUGGAUGUGAUUGAGGGGGAGGUGGACGGGAUGGGGCUACUCGAUGCAGAGCUGACUGUCGUUCCUUCAGAGCCUCCAGAAACAGUUGAUCCGGCCGUGGAUGUGAUUGAGGGGGAGGUGGACGGGAUGGGGCUACUCGAUGCAGAGCUUACUGUCGUACCUUCAGAACCUCCAGAAACAGUUGAUCCGGCCGUGGAUGUGAUUGAGGGGGAGGUGGACGGGAUGGGGCUACUCGAUGCAGAGCUGACUGUCGUUCCUUCAGAGCCUCCAGUAACAGUUGAUCCGGCCGUGGAUGUGAUUGAGGGGGAGGUGGACGGGAUGGGGCUACUCGAUGCAGAGCUUACUGUCGUACCUUCAGAGCCUCCAGUAACAGUUGAUCCGGCCGUGGAUGUGAUUGAGGGGAGGUGGACGGGAUGGGGCUACUCGAUGCAGAGCUGA